UGGAAACCACACAGAAGCUCAUGAUGGAUCGGGUGGGAAAUUUUGACGGAUAUUUCGGUUCUCCGACCGGAUUUUCCUUCACAGAAGCUGUAUAUAAGAUGGCAGAGAUGGAAUCAUUCCAAACUCAAAACUACAGCCAACGCUACAACUUAAUUAACGCCAUCAACAAGGAUAUUCGAAGCUAUGUCAAUUAUGAAGACCGGAAUCUGCGUACUCGUCUUUGCCCCCCUCAUCGAGAACAUCCUGGGGAACCCCGUGUCUGGACCUUGGUCAUCGCCCUGCGGACCCCCAGCUCCUGUUAUUUCAUGGGGAGAUUUUUUCGAUACCCCUACGAGUGGACCGUCAAACAGCGACCUAACGGCUGAACUGUACAUUCAGACCAGAGGAGCCCACCAAGGCGCUAUCUCACUCCGGGAAACUGCAACUAUCCAUCGACUGGAUUCCAGCGUGACCCUUGCCCUGAUUCUCGAGGGGUCAACCCACGUCAACUUUCCUGCUCCGGAUGACGUCAUAUUUUGGACGGAUAAAAACUCAACAACCGCUGUUCUGAAGAAGGAUUACGAGAACCUCUCCAUCGCUUACGUGUUUUUGGAGGCUGUUCUUGCUGACGAUAGCAGCGAUUUCAACAGCACACUCAAAGCGACCCUCGAACCUGUCAUGGAGAAAAUACUGGCCAUGCUUUGUAGUAUGGAGAGCGUCCUUAGCAACCACAAUCAAAGCAUCGGAGGUUACGUCACACGAGAGGUAAUGCCGAAUGCUCUUCGCGAGAUCACGUCCGAUAGUGUCAGAAGCCAACGAGAUUACAUCAUUACCAAAGACGUCGUACAUCUGUUGACAAGAGUAAAAGAAAGUUACGCGAUCAUGAAAAACGGUUAUCAGUAAGCAUGAGUUUAUUUUCAAUGAUGACAUAUUUAUUUUUUAUAUUAUUUAUUAAUAUUUUACGGAACAGAUGUGUUUACUUUCAUCGAUAACAUGCGUGUGGUAUGUUUCUGUGUUGCUGUAUUUUUAUGAUUUUUGAGGCAGAAUGUGUUUAUUUGUUUGUUAUUUGUUUAUAAGUCCUGAUUUGAGUGUAUGUAUUGAUAUGGUUGUUGGAAACACGUGAUACCUCACAAUGAUAAAUGUCUUAUAUGCUGAUGACGAAAAUGCAAAUAUAACACAAAAGAACUUUCGUUCGAUUUCAAAACCAUGGACGACCUUGGUGAACCCGUGUUGAUUUUGAGCAUGUCACUCAAAUUUUAAUAAACGAACACGCGUUUUGUUCAAACCAGACCAGUUAUGACAAGUUACAUUUGUUCUCAGGCCAUACAUUUAUUUGGUAAACAGACCCGCUGAACUUAAUAUUCGAAAAUUGUGUGAAAAUAUAAAACCCGUACUUGUGUUUCAAGCAUUUUGAUGAUAAUUUCCAAAUAUUAGGCAGUGACUGAAAUACUGAUAUGAUACAUUGUCUUGGGUACGUGUAUUAAGACAUGUUCUUGAAAACAAAAACAAUGCAGAAAUAUAUGAGAGAAGUUUGUUUAAAUUUUUUUAAGUUUUGACAUAGUGUUUAAUUUGUUCAGUAAUUAGGUCCCUAACCAAAUAUAGUUUGGCCUUGAGAUCUGUUUGUGAUCCCACUAAAAUAAUGAUCAAAUUCGGAUCCGGAUCCGAUCCGAAAAAAUCAGUGUUUGGCUGUCCUCUCCUGCUAAAACUUGAAAUACCUGUAAAUGUUUGAAAACACUGUGAAAACAUCCGUCAUGUUAGAAAUUUAAAUUUAGUAUAGUUUCUUUUUUUAAUAUAUUUUAUGAUGCUUGUGUCUGUUUGUGAUAAAGCAAAGGCAUUCAGCCACCAACGACCAGGUUAUGUUUUUUUCAAUAUUAUAUUUUAUACAAUUCAGUAUCGUUAUACGGUCUUCCAUCGGUGUGUUAAUUUAAGGAAACUUAACUGAAAAUGUUUUGACGGUUUGAAAGAAUAUUUAUUGAUAUGGAUGUUUUAAGCGUGAUUAUUUCGAUUAUUACCAUGUGAUGAUUAUUCGUUUUUAUUCUUUUGCUGGAGUGCAUGUGUUCUCCAUUCUCUUUCUUCACUGAUAUUUGUUGUUUUUGAUGUAUGUGCACAUUAUUUUGUUUCAACAACUAUUUUGUAACUUAAGAAUUGACUUUCACUUUGUAUGAGCUCAUUGGGGCAUGUUUUUUUUGUUGUUUUUUUGUUUAACGCCGCACUCAGCAAUAUUCCAGCUAUAUGACCGCGGUCUGUAAGUAAUCGGGUCUGGACCAGACAAUCCAGUGAUUGAUAUCAUUAGCAUCGAUCUACGCAAUUAUUGGGGUAUGAACUAUAUGGACGUCCAAGUUUGCAACACAUUAACUUAAGUAUCAUGUUGAUGUACGUGUAUGCGGAUGAUUCGUUAAAAGGUGCUGACAGUUUGUGUUAAUAACAUCUUCCAUUUAUGUCCAUAAUAUGUUAUUAUUACAAAUAGUGCUGUCCUGACAAUGAUUCCAGAAUUCCAUCAAUAUGUACUGUGAUAUGUUGAGAUCAUGUCGAUUUUUUACUUAUAUACAGUCCUAUCAUGAAGACGUUUUGCCAUCAUGACGUUGUUGUUACAGCUAAACAUUGCCGUGUGCUUUUUGCAUUGUUGAUAUUUAUUGGUGACGUCAUUGACACAGUUACAAAUAUCACUGAUGUCUUGAGAGGACUACUUUUUAUUCCUCUUAUUAAGUUUAACAUUAUAUAGUCUGUUGACAUCCAUAUCUAUAUAUUACACGAUAUAUGUAUUUUAUUUUUACCUGCAAAAUAAACA